UACCGUUCCUCAUCCUAAUUUACCUUCGCAGUACUUUCCGGGCCCCUACCCUGUGUGAUCCGACCUUUCAUUUCACCCUUUGCGUGCAGCUUGAUCACUUCCGCUCAUCAUUUUUGACAUGGCCGAGAUACAGCAGGUCUUGCAGGAAUUGAACCGUCGACUAUCCACGCUGGAAGUCAAAGAUGCCAUCUGGACAUUCAUGUGCCGUUACUGCAAAGUGUGCGAUGAACACGAUUGGGAGGCAUUUGGAAAUAUGUUUGCUGAAGAUGGGAUAAUGGAAUACGGUCCUUGGGGUCCAAUUCAAGGGCCAGCCAAUAUCGCCAAGGCUACAUCUGCCGAGAAGAUUUUCGCGUACCAGGAACACAGCCUCUCGAACAUGAGCAUUGAAGUAAUUAGCCCUGAUGAGGCGAAAGCAACUUCACUGUUCACAUUCUACGGCUGUCCGGAUUUGGAGGCACCCUUUCAAUAUUGCGCAAAAGGCGGGGUUUACAAUUUACAUUUUCGUCGACUGAAGGAGGAAUGGAAAAUCGUUCGUCAUCACUUGUCCCCAGGUUGGAGCCACGGAGAGAAAGUGACCGAGGAUUUUGCUGCUGCGGUAGCAAAUAUCAAGAAGUGAAGCAGGGGGCUAGCAGGGGGCUCGCAGUUUUAUUGCAGUCUCUAGAUAAACUAUAAUGGGCUUCAACAUUUUGGAUUCUCAUUUUGGAAACUCCCCUUGAGGACUUUAUCCCUGAACGGAAUGAUCACCAUGUACUCAACCUUUGUUUUAUUUUAUCUUUUCAGAACAAAUUAAGACACCCGAUGGGACCAGAAUCUGUCCAUGCC